AUGGGCUUCGACUAUGCGCUUGUGCACCUCAAAUACACCAUACCCGUGGCUGUAGCCCUCACCUUUGUUUACCGCCCGCUCCUGACUCGAUUAGAUGUGUAUAAGAUCCUGUUCUUGGCGACCAUCGCCGUCCUUUCGACUAUCCCGUGGGACUCGCACUUAAUACGGACUCGCAUAUGGAGCUACCCACCAGAGGCCAUAGUAGGCCCGACGCUGUUUGCUAUACCGGCCGAGGAGAUAUUCUUCUUCGUCGUCCAGACAUAUAACACAACUCUGCUGUACUUGCUCUUCAGCAAGCCCACCUUUCAUCCAAUACAUCUCCGCAGUGAGGGGCCUUCUACCGACGUGCGCCGCACACCCGGCUCUCUCUGGAGGUAUUACAAAUGGGCAGGCCAGCUCGUUCUGAGCUUGAGCAUUGCAUCUGGAGUUUCUCUCAUUGGACGCGGAGGCGUGGGAGUUUACAUGGGCUUAAUAGUAGUUUGGGCAUGUCCCUUCCUGCUGCUCCUCUGGUACGCCCUAGCAUACCAAUUCAUCAUUGGCCUUCCGAAGUCUAAUACUUUGCUACCAAUCUUCGCACCGACGUUGUACCUUUGGAUCGUAGACACGUUGGCUUUAAAAAGAGGUACAUGGGUAAUAGAGUCUGGGACGAAGCUGGGUAUCCAUUUAUGGCCGCAUCUGGAAAUUGAGGAAGCUGUCUUCUUCCUGCUAACCAACACCCUGAUCGUGUUCGGGCUCGUCGCUUUUGACAAUGCCUUGGCCAUCCUCGACACUUUCCCGCACCUCUUUCCGGAACUACCCGCAAUGCCGUCGCCGUUGCUUCUGGUCAAGGCGCUCUUGACGCCGGCAUCCAAGUACGACGAGGAGCGUAUUGCCGGCCUGACGGACGCUGUGGCCAGGCUUCGAAAGAAAAGCCGCAGCUUCUACCUCGCGAGUGGGACCUUCGAAGGCCGAUUGCGCAUCGACAUGAUCGUUCUGUACUCCUUUUGCCGCGUAGCUGACGACCUCAUCGACGAAGGCACCGUUGCCUCGUCAAGACAAUGGAUCAACAGACUCCGCACCUUUCUGGACAGAUCCUACAACUACUCUGAAAAGUCACACUCAGUCCGGAGCUAUGUUGUGGCAAACUUCCCACCAUGGGCACGCACAGCUCCACUGCAACUGCCGACCAAUUACCUGCCGAAACAACCGCUCUACGACCUCCUGAAGGGCUUCGAGAUGGAUCUCAUCUUCUCCGAAAACCCCUCAGGCCCUACACCGGCGUACUUUCCCAUCGUAAACGCCAACGUUCUAGACUUCUACGGCGCAUGCGUCGCGGGCACCGUAGCGGAGCUCUGCCUCGAGCUCGUCUUCCACCACAUCCCCGGCCCUAUCGCUCCAGCGACUCGGCGGCGCCUGGUCGAUGCCGGCGCGAAGAUGGGCAUAGCGCUCCAAUAUGUCAACAUUGCGCGCGACAUCGCUGUCGACGCAGCGAUCAAGCGUGUUUACAUCCCUACGUCAUGGUUGGAGCAGGAGGACCUGACGCCGGAAGCAGUGAUCAAAAAACCGGAGGGCGAACGCAUAGAGAGACUCCGCCAGAAACUGCUAGAUAGAGCUUUUAGUCUGUACGGAGAAGCGAGAGGAGCUAUUGAAGAGCUGCCUGUCGAGGCUCGAGCGCCGAUGAGAGUGGCGGUCGAGAGCUACAUGGAGAUUGGACGCGUGCUUAGACAGAAGGGAUACCAGGUCAAGGCCGGCAGGGCAACGGUACCUAAGCUGAGACGCGUCUUGGUUGCGUGGCGGGCGCUCAGCCGGUGA